GAGAAUCUCUUUUGCCUUUUCUUCGUCCUGGAGCUUUCGAUCCGCUUUGGCGCUUACAAGCGGAAGUUAUCGGCUCUGAAGGACAUUGGCUUCGUUGUGGACCUGGUGCUGGUGAUAUUGAUGGUACUCGAAAUCUGGCUGUUGGCAAUCAUUCAACUGGCCACAUUGACCGCGGACACACCGUCCACAUUCAACCCGGCCUUCCUACGCUUAACUCGGGUCUUCAAGUUCUUCCGCAUGGUGCGGCUGGUGCGAUUGUUGCGCUACACGCCGGAGAUUGUGAUUUUGGUGAAGGGGCUGGGCGUCGCAUCAC